AUGGUUCAGUUUUCCGAAGAGACCAAGGUUAGCCAUCUCCAUCGAUUCUGCAAACACCUUGAGACCUAUACCGAUACCGAUAGCAUAUUCUGCUUGUUCCACGACCAGGCUAACAUACUGCGACCUGCCAGCGGCUACCUGCCUCUCAUUGUCUACCUUGGCUACUCAUACAGCGAGCCCAAGCCCUCCCUGUUCAAGCUUUUCUCCCCCUGGCUUAAAUCCGACAGACGCACAUUCAGGAUGAUGGACUAG